AUGAGCCUGAAGGAGAAAUUUGAGAGACAUAAACUCUUGAUUAGAUGUGAGGAGUGUUUCAAUUUGGUUCAAGGAUUCUUAUCCGAUUCUCUUCCAUGGAGUCCUUUGCCUAAAAAGAAACCAUUAUAUCAGUAUAAUAAAAGCCUUAGGAAGACUGUUAAAGAUAAAGUACUUAAGAGUAUAGAAGUAUUGGAGCAUUCCAUAGAUCUGCAUGGGUAUGUAUUUUGGCUUUACGAGGUUUUCAUUAAAUAA